GUGACACACCCCUCGGGUGUAGUGGAUUAGAUUUUCUACUCUUGUUGUUGUCUAUGUCUAUAUUUACUAAAUUAUGAAUAUUUAAAAUCAAUUCAACAGCCUGGAAGAGGAAAAUUAUUUUAAUAAUUUAGCUUAUUGUAGGAACCUAGGUAGUUAUUAAUCGAGUUAAUAAUUAUCUCUGUAUGAGUGGAUUUUUGAAACAACAAGCCCAAUGAGUUUUUGUCAAUAUUGAUGGUGGGUUUUUGUGUAUUGCAGCCCUGUUUAAGACAUCGUCAGAUGCACAUCUAUGGACCCACAGAUUUCAGACAUCAUCUCCGGAAAAUCUCAAAACUGCCACUAUACCUAAGGCUGGUUCAUUAAGUGAUUAUGAAUCAACUAACACCUGAGAGAAGUUUCUUGUGCCCACAAUUUAUAUGAUAUUGUCUUACAACUAAAGUACCAAUUUAAUUUACAUGUUUUGCUGUUUUUUAUCCUCUCUGGAUUAGUUUUUUUUUUUAAUUUUAAAGGGCCUCAAAUCAACAUACCAAUCAAGUUUGGUAACCAUAGAAAGUUGUCAUUAUUUGUUUAAAUAUUUACUGCCAGCACUUCUACUAUGCGGAACCCAUAGGUUAAUGUUUGCCCAUAGCGGCAGUGCAAAUCGCUCUCGGCUCAAGGCUGUUUCCUCGUCGAAGAGUGAAAUCAACAUGGAGGAUUUAGCUGUGGAAGUUGUCGGCGAAAAUGGGGCCCAUUAUAAGGGCUUCGUCCUCGACGUGUUCGAUGACGGCGUCCUGGUCCACUUUGAAGACGAGUGGCAGCCUGAUUCAAAAUUUCCCUAUGAACAAGUCAGGCUACCUCCAGCUGCCACCGAUGCCAAAGUGGAGUUCACCGAAAACAUGGAAGUUGAGGUGUUUUCUAGGUCAAACAAUCAAGAAGGAUAUGGAUGGUGGAAAGCUAGAAUUAAGAUGAUGAAAGGCGAUUUUUACGUAUUGGAAUACCUUGGCUGGGACAACACCUACACAGAAAUAGUGAGCAACGACCGGCUCCGACAAAAAAACACCAAUCCACCUAUCGACAAGACUAUGUUUUAUAAAUUCGAAAUCGAUGUGCCUGAAGACGUGCGCGACUAUUGCAAAAAAGACACGCACAAGGAAUUUGCCAAAGCGAUCGGCGCCGGUCGCAUUUUCUACAAUCCGGAAAAGUGUAGCCUGGCGGUGAUUACCAAAUGCGAAACGAGCAGGAAGCGGGCUUCCUUGUUGCAAGAUAUGCAUUUUAGGAGUUUGUCUCAAAAGGUUUUGCUGAUGAAACGAACCGAAGAGGCGGCCAGACAAUUGGAAAGUACAAAAUUGGCUACAAUCGGAGGGUAUUCAGAUGAGUUCCAUGUCAAAGAGGAUUUGAUGGGUUUGGCAAUUGGUGCUCAUGGUGUCAAUAUUCAGCAAGCCAGGAAAGUAGAAGGUGUUACCAAUAUUGAAUUGGAAGAAGUUACGUGCACUUUUAAAAUUUAUGGAGAAACUGAUGAGGCAGUCAAGAAAGCAAGGUCUAUGUUAGAAUACAGUGAGGAAUCACUGCAGGUGCCCAGAGCGUUGGUAGGCAAAGUAAUUGGUAAGAAUGGAAGAAUUAUUCAGGAAAUUGUUGACAAAAGUGGAGUGGUAAGAGUGAAAAUUGAAGGCGAUAAUGAACCAGAACCUACAAUCCCACGCGAAGAAGGGCAGGUUCCUUUUGUCUUUGUAGGAACAGUAGAAAGCAUAUCCAAUGCCAAAGUACUUUUGCAGUACCACCUGGCGCACCUAAAAGAAGUAGAACAGCUGCGUCAAGAAAAACUAGAAAUCGAUCAGCAACUGCGCAGCAUUCACCACGGUUCCAAUUUGGGCUCGAUGCAAUCACUUUCCAUGAGCGGCCGACGUUCAGACAGAGGUUACAGCUCAGAUAUGGACGGCAGAGGACCUCGUGGCGGUCCUAGAGGCGGCCGGGGCGGCAGAGGAAGAGGCGGCGGUCAGCGGCAAGGCAACGAUCGCUACGGUCAGGGUUCACGCCAUCAAACUCCAGACACUGUAGACGAAAGAGUGUCAGAUCGUAGAAACUAUCAACGCUACGAUGGACCUAGAGGCGGCGGUAGAGGUAGAAGAGGUGACAAUAGACGCGGUGACGAUAGGCGCAGGAAUCACGAUGAAGAAGAAACCGUUUUAGACAGUCAGGAGGUUUCCGGUGCUGACAGAGAGUCGGUCUCUAGCCAAGAAGGUAGACCAUGGUCGGAGAUCUGCAACAGAGCCAGCGACGUCAGAGCCAGACCGGAACGUAGAUACGUUCCAGGGCCGCGUCGCAACUUUAGAGACUCGCCAAGAACGGAUACGAGAGUUGACAGUAAAAGUACUAGAACACCAGUAACGUUGAAUCACUCAGAACCUCUACAAGACCAACUGCCAACCAAUAACGGAUUGCCGAAACACAACGGAUCCUCCAACGGUAAUAAUGGUAAACCGAGGCGGCCGCCUCCGUCGCGCCGAAACGACAACCCCAAGCCCAAAGAGGCGCUCGUUAACGGAACGGCUGCUUAAAAUUCACAUUAAAUUAAAUAGGUUCACAUAGGAGGGGGCAAAACAAUUAAUGCAUCACUUAAGUUUUAGUUGGAAUUUUUCUUUUUUUUUUCCUAAUUUAAAUCGCUGCCAACUGGUGUUGUUACUUGCCCCCUCCCUCGGCAAGUGUUAUUUAAAAGAGAAGACAUUUUUAUUUUUUCAUUAUUUUUUCUUCAUUUGUUGCGUAACCUAGUAAGUGUAUAAAUUCCCGAAGUAGUGAAUUAAUCGAGGGUGGUCAACUGCCCGUUACUUAGACGAGACGAAUGGACUGUCUAGGUUCUGUGAACCAAAAAAAAAUUUUUUUCUUAUCAACGUCGAGACAGUGUUGCAAUACUGUCACAUUUGCAAAAAGACUGCUCAGUGUUAGUGAAAAAACGAGGGAAAAAAAAUCCGUAAAUAAUUUUCUAAUUUCAUAUUUGUACGGUCGCGCACACUCGAAUUAAUAAGUUGUUAGUUUUUAAAUACCACUUAAUGUAUUUUUUUUUUUGUUUUUUUGUAUUUAUGAUUUUUUAGUUUUUAUAGAAUUAUUAUUUCACAAGAACAUAACACUUUCAUUAUUUUGUAACUCAAUAUUUUUUCAUAAUAGUUAAUCGUUUGUUGUAAAUAUAUAAUAAUGAUUAUAUUAUUAGCUACUCCGAUUUGCCAUUUGUUAAUAAUGGUUGAGGUGCAGAGUUUUUUUUUUGGUUGUCUGCUGUGUUUUCGGUAACACAAUUUUUGCAUUGAAUAAAAAUAGUUUCAAAAUCGUCAAAAUGCCGUUUCAUUUAUAUAAGAAAUUGUAGUAUAUUGAAUCCUAAAAAAAAAAUAUAUAAAGUCACAAUGUCAUUUCCAAGGAGGUUUUCUAUCUUUUGCUGAGCAUUGGCGCCAUUCUGACAUUCUAUUUGGGCUUUCUAGAUCCUGGAGGAAUAAACGAUUUUGAUUAAUUGAUUGAAAUUAUUUGAGGGCAAAAAUACAUACUCACACUGGGGUGCCAAGAGCUUCUCUGUUGAGUUUGUGAUGGUUUUUGGUCUUGAGUUUCUGGUAAAGGAUUUCCAGGAGGUCUAUUCAAAAG